UCUCUGUCAGGAACAGAUGCUCAAGACAUGUCCAAGGAUUCCCAGAAGAAAUCCAAGCGCAAAGGCAGGAACAAGCAAGAGGUGAUGGCUGUUAGCCAAGCAGAGCCUGAGCCUGAGGUGGUGAAAACUCCCAUUGACCUAAUGAAGGCCCAGGAGAGCGGCAGCUCCUCGUCACAGAAGAAGAAGAAGAACACAUUUGUGAGCCUCUACAAUAAAGAGGGCCAGGACAAGCUGGCUAUCCUGCUGCCCGGGCGCCAUUCCUGCGAAUGUCUGGCCCAGAAGCACAACCUCAUCAACAACUGCAUGAGCUGCGGACGCAUUGUGUGUGAGCAGGAGGGAUCAGGGCCCUGCAUCUUCUGCGGCAGCCUGGUAUGCACCAAAGAGGAGCAAGAGAUUCUGCAACGAGACUCCAACAAAAGUCAGAAACUGCGCAAGAAACUUAUGGAGGGGGCAUCGGAGAGGGGCUAUCUGCCACACCAAGAGGCAAAGAUGAAGACAGGGUUAGAAAAGGCCCUUCAACAUAAAGACAAACUGCUGGAAUAUGAUAAGAACAG